AUGUCUGACGAAUAUGCAGCAAACGGAUCCUUCACAGCAUAUUCGCUACAGGGAAAGUUUGUUGCAUGUGAUGUGAGAAGUGGGGGUGGUGUUGUAGGUGAUGUGAGAAGUGGGGGUGGUGUUGUAGGUGAUGUGAGAAGUGGGGGUGGUGUUUUAGCCUGUGAUGUGAGUAGUAGGGGUGGUGUUGUAAGUGAUGGGAGUAGUGGGGGUGGUGUUGUAGGCGAUGUGAUAAGUUGUGGUGGUGUUGUAGGUGAUGUGAGUAGUGAGGGUGGUGUUGUAGGUGAUGUGAGUAGUGGGGGUGGUGUUGUAGGUGAUGCAAGAAAUUGUGGUGAUGUUGUAGGUGAUAUGAGUGAUGCAAGAAGUUGUGGUAGUGUUGUAGGUGAUGUGAGUAGUGGGGGUGGUGUUGUAGGUGAUGUGAGUAGUGGGGGUAGUGUUGUAGGUGAUGUGAGUAGUGGGGGUGGUGUUGUAGGUGAUGUGAGUAGUGGGGGUGGUGUUGUAGGUGAUGUGAGUAGUGGGGGUGGUGUUGUAGGUGGUGUGAGUAGUGGGGGUAGUGUUGUAGGUGAUGUGAGUAGUGGGGAUGGUGUUGUAGGUGAUGUGAGUAGUGGGGGUAGUGUUGUAGGUGAUGUGAGUAGUGGGGGUAGUGUUGUAGGUGAUGCAAGAAGUUGUGGUGGUGUUGUAGGUGAUGUGAGUAGUGGGGGUAGUGUUGUAGGUGAUGUGAGUAGUGGGGGUGGUGUUGUGAUGCAAGAAUCUGUGGAUGUGUUGUAG